AUGUUCUCACAUAUUCAUCCGUUAAUUCUUCCUCUGGGAUUUUUCUUUUUCAUCAACUCAUUCAUUGGUGUCGUUGGGAACGCCAUUAUGCUCAUCUGUUUCUUCAAAAAUAAACGUCUCCGUUCUCCAUGCCACAUUCUAAUUAGUUUGACUUGUAUCUCCGACUUAUUGCAUUUAUGUGCACAGUUUGUUUAUUGCGUUCAUUUAUUUGGAAACAGUACGUUUCAAAUUCUUACAGUAUUCCAGAGCAACCCAAACUCAUUUCCAGUGACAAGUUCACAAGCUCAAUGUUUUUACAUGCUCAUCAUUCCACUUUACGGCGUAGGAGCAUCUGGUCCUCUAAUUCUAGCAAUGGGAAUUGAUAGAUUAAUUGCUGUGAAAUUGCCUACAAAAUAUCGCCUUUUUCAACAAGAGCCAAAACAUUACAUCUUUGGGCAACUCGUUUUUCCAAUAGUUUAUACUUUGGUACUUCUCUACUAUGGGUUUCACUACCGUAUUGUAGACGACAAAUUACAAAUUGCAUGUGCAGUCCCACUUGCUCUCAUGGGAACACCAUUUCAGUUUUUCACCUACUCAAGUGCUUUGAUUUAUUUCUUGGUGGUCAUCGUGUAUGGAAUAGUCUACUAUCUUUUGAAAUCUAACCAAGCAAGCGCUCGCUUCAAAAGUGUUUUCCGUUCAAUUAUGGUAACCGUCGGUUUUGUUUUAUUCGGAUGGGUCACCACAACUCUCACAAAUACUCUGUCCUAUGAGAUAACUGAUGUGGCUUUCACUGCUCAAUUAAUGCAGAUGUAUGCAGGAAUAACUGUCAAUUUCGCAGCUGCUUCUAAUGUUUUCAUUUUCUAUGCUAUUAACUCGGAGUAUCGGGAAGUGAUCAAAGCAUUGUUUGGGUGCAAGAGCAAGGCCAACACUCCAGCAUUCGAAGCAUCAAGUACAAUGGUUACUGUAUCUUCAACUUCACAAAUUCAGAAAAGAAAAUUGACAAUGGCAUCAAUCAACUAA